AUGGCUUCUUCUACUUUCGCUGCUCUGGCAAUCUUUGCUGUUUUGUUUGCUGCAUUGCUCUCUCACUCCGCUGCAAUCCGAUCCCCGAAGCAGGACUCAUUCUGCCCCACCGCAGUCUUCACCUUUGCAGAUUCUCUCAGCGAUGGCGGCAACCGCGACAUCGAAGGCGGCGGCAAGACUCUCUCCGGCAUGUAUCCCUACGGCGUCACCUACGGAAGGCCCACCGGACGCUACUCCGAUGGUCUCGUCAUCCCCGACUUCCUGAUCCAGAAGCUCCACCUCGAGAACCUCGGCAUCCCCAGCCUCGAGUUCAAUGGCACCGAGUUCGUCAGCCUCAACUUCGGAUACGCCGGAGCCACGGUGAUCAAGGUCGAGAACCAGCCCUUCUCGAGCCCCCACAUCUUCUCGGCCCAGGUUGACGACUUCGUGCGUCACCGCGACACGGUCGUGCGCGAAUACGGCCGCGAGGAUAGCGAUCCAUGGUACCAGAACGCGCUCUACAUGGUCGAGAUCGGAGGUGACGAUAUCAACUUCGGGCUGCCGCUGGGAGGCGGCUACGUGAUCAAUGUCACCAUUCCGGCCGUGAUCCAGGGCCUGGCUGAUGGAAUCCACAACUUGUACACACACGGAGCUCGCCGUGUCUUGCUCUACAACAUGCCCCGUGCCGAUUGCUCGCCAAACUAUCUCCAGUCCUUCCUGCAGUACCCCGAGGGGAUGUUCCACUACGACAAGGAUGGUUGCAUCGUCGAGAUUGCCCAGAUUAUCUCCUACUUCAACGCACAACUCCAUGCUUUGGCGACGGACCUCACGGCAAAGUAUCCCGAUCUCACUGUCUACUACUUCGAUUGGUUUGCCGCCAACACCUAUGUUUUGGAGAACAUGGACGAGUUUGGCUUCACGAACUCGCUCCAGUCGUGCUGCGGCGGCGGCGGCAAGUUUAACUGCAAUGGAGAUGGGCUUUGCGGGUGCGCUCCAUUGAACCAGACCGAUGCUGUUUACACGGUGUGUAAGGAUCCCAGCAAAUACUUCACUUUUGAUGGUAUUCACUACACAGAGCACUUCUACAACAUCAUGUCCGACUUUAUCAUUGCCGGAGACUAUAUCUCGCCCAUGGUUAAGCUGGACCAGGGAUGCAAGGUCAUAGUCUAA